CAAUAGUUCACCUAAGUGCGCACCUAAACACCCCCAGUUCCCCAAAAAUCUUCCUAUGAACGAAAUCAGCAGCUACGAAAAAUAUUUCAAAAUGAAAAUUCUUUGGUAUCGUGAGUUUGAAGCUACUUUCGAGUAUGUUCAUAGCGCGGUGCCAUGUCUUGACUACUUGCCCAUGGAAAUUCUCAUCAAAAUUUUCUCACAUUUAAAUCCAUCGGACAUGCUAUGCAUUGGAUUGACUUGUAAGAGAUUCUUGGAUGCUCUUCAGUAUCAUGCAUUUUCAAAAUAUUGGAUAUUAAGUUUCUGUGAGCGGUAUACGUCCAACUUUGCAAUUCCUUACUAUUUAUUCACAUCUAAAUGUUGUCAACGGACAGUUCCAGCAGUUGCUAUGUAUUCAGCACAGCUUGAUGAGCCAACUGUUGAGGAUUUUUGGGAAUUUUAUGGCCACAAUUUACACGAAGUUCAAUUUUUGAGUGGACUUUUGAGGAAGGAAGAGUUCGCUAAUGUCAUGAAAUAUACAAAAAAUGUCAGAACCAUAAGAAUCGAAGCAAACAGCAUGUUCAAGAACUGGACGAUCCAAAAGUGUGGCUACGACCCACUUAGACGCAUUCUCUUGUAUCAUUGCCGACAUUUUGGACUAGCGAGAAACAGUUUUUUAUCACCAGACAUUUUUGAGUACCUGAUGAUGACCGUACCCAAUGUCACAUCUAUCGAUCUAUCGAAUUGUCUCUCAAUCAUGAAUCCACCUGAAAGAAAUCGAUUUCUUGAUCAUGUCCUCGCCUACAUCAACGAAAAUGCGGAACAAAUAAAGUCCUUGAAUUUCGCAAAUACGCCGACUGAUGAUUUGUUCCUCGACAGACUUGGUCGUAUUGACGAUUUGAAGCUCAAGGAACUUCACUUAACAUUCACGGGUUCGACGAAAAAUCCAGUUUUCGGAAUUCCAAUUUUAAUCGCGUCACAAAAUGAGUUGGAAAAGUUUGACUUGACUGCAUCGCCAUGUGCCAACGACUUAAUUGUGAGGAUGAUUUGUGGAUGCAUGAAGAAUAUGAAGGUGCUGUUGCUUAAGAAGUGCCAUAAUUUGACUGAUCAUGGUGUAAAGGAACUGUGUAAAUUGAAACAUUUAAAAUCUUUGGAAAUAUCUGACUGCGAUUACGUCACAGACGUUGGAAUCAUGGAAGGUGUGCUGUCUGGUGAUCCAAAAGAUAAAAUGGAGGAACUAAGGCUUAGUGUAAUGACAAAUUUGACUGAAAACAUCAUUUUUCGAAUGUCUUACUUCUUUCCAAACUUAAAAGUGCUAGACCUUGGAGGCGUAUCCAAUGCAGUCACUGACAUUUCAAUACAAAUGAUCUUUAGACACAUGAAAUAUUUGAGAUUCCUGAAUGUCGAGAGUUGCUGCAAAUUGACAGAUUUUGGAUUUACUGGACUUGAGUCGACUUACGCUAAGAGGAUGCAUUCAUUGAGGAAUUUGAAAGGUCUGCAGGUGCUAAGGGCUAAUGGACUUUAUAAAUUGACUGACUUUACACUUUCUGAUGCUUUUGUGCUGAAGGAAUUGAAGGAAUUGUACGUUGCGAGGUGUAAUUUUACAAUCAAAGGCAUCACAUCCCUAGCCGAGAACUGCCCAUCUCUAGAAGUCCUUGAUUUGAGCGAAUGUAAAGCAAUAGAUGAUGAAUGUGUUGAAAUAAUUACAAAGAAUCUGACAAGACUAAAAACUUUAAAAUUUAACAAUUGUGACAAAAUUACAGAGAAAAGUAUGGAAAUUAUUACAAAUAAUUGUGCGGAUUUAAGGAAUCUCUUUAUAAGGAACUGCAAGUUAGAUUUUGAUCCAUCGGACAAUCUUGCGUACAUGCGUGCACUAAGGAAGGUUGUGUCAUAA